AUGUUUUUUUAAAUUUAUGCUAUAUUUAUUGCUAACGUUUUAGGAUAAUUGAAUGCUCAAAGCACCAAGAUAAAUAUACUCUACUCUCCAUUUUAUGUAAAUCACUAUACUCUCUCUCCUAAUGAAGGAACUUCUUAAAUAGUCAAAGUACCCAGAGAUGUUUAAGCAGUCUAUUUUUCGUCAGGUUUCGGAGGUUUAAUAGUAUUAGAUAAAGAAGGAGGUACUAAACUUUUAUAAUAAAAUUUUUAAUAAUAAUUUGUAAGCUAAUUUGAUGUUAGCAGAAAUGGAAAAAUUCUAGUCUUAGGAUUUAACUCAAUAUUAUCAGUUUUUGCAUAUCCAGGAGCUUCUAUCCCUCUAGAUAAAAUGUAAAAUUACUAAUUUGUUUCGAGCGCGCCAUUUAAAUCAGAGAUUAUUGAAAUAGUAUACUUUGAAACAUAAAAUCUUAUCUUCGUAUCAGGUCUACUUGGAUAUAUUGCAGUGUAUGAUUCAAGCGAUAUAUACAAUUUAAGAAUUCUGGAUAUUUACUAGACUUAAUCUGUUCAGAUAACUGCAAUAUGGGUUUCGAGUGAUGCUUAAUGGGUGUAUCUUAGUUGUGAUAUUGAAGGUAUUGUAGUUUUGAGGUUAAAUUUUAUUUCUAAUUCUUAACCAAGAUAAGCACAUUUCAUAAAAGCUGCUUAUGGUAAUGGAUAUAGAAAAACAUGGUCAUUAGUUGUAACCAACGACAACAGAUAUAUUUAUGAAAUUGAAAAUUGGUUUGGUAUUUUUUAUGCUGAUAACUCUUAAACACUAGCUGCAAAUUCUUCUAAUUAUCCAAUUCAAUUAACUUUUAAAGCUUACUGGCCAUUUUAAUACAUAAAUCCUGUUUGUACGAUAAUACUUAUUUCUAAUGACAAUAACUUUAUCUUUGUAGGAGUUAGAUCAAUAGGAAUUCUCAUAUUUGAUAUCAGCCAAAGAGAAAAUAUUUAGUUUUUUUAACAGAUCUCAAUUGAUGGUCUUUCAAACUCAGCUGUUUUAUCUGGUGAUGAAAAAUUUUUAUAUUAUGCUAAUUCUUUGAGUUUACAAACAUUUAAAUAAUCGAUUCCCAAUUUAAAUAAUAAUUUUCCCAACAUAUUUAAUACUCACCAAGCUUUACAAAAAUAAAUGGAAGGAAUUUAUAAAUGGAGAUGCUACACUGAUCCAACUAAUUAAUAUUUGAUGGGCUCUUUCGAUUACAGCGGGACAUAUAUGAUACCAUUUUACAACAAUCCUCUAAAUCUUUAAAUUUAGUAUGCAACUCACUUAGAUAUAGAAUCUGAUUCGAUGAGUUUUGAUGCAAAAAAUAACUUAUUAUUUAUUCCUUCCCUCUACUCUAAAAAGCUAAUAACAGUAUUUUCUAUAGCACCAACAGCUAAUGAUCCAGAUAUAUCUUUAACUAAUCCUAAGGAGGUUUCUUCUUUCUCUGUUGAUACAUUUAAUAUGGCAGAACAGUUUAUUUUUAGCAAAGACAGAUCAUAUGCUAUUCAAACCUAUCAAAUUGGAAUAAUGCUCUUCAAUAUGACAAACCCGUUUAAUAUAUCCUUAGUCUAUUAUUAUUAAAGUCCUGACUUUAUGUAAGGUGAAACUGGAGGUGGUGCUAUAACUGAUGACAAUAACUAUAUAAUUGCUUGCUGUAGAAAUUAUGGAAUAUAUAUUUUGGAUUGCACUAAUAAAUAAAAUAUUUAUUUAUCUGAUUAUCUUGAGACUUUAGGAGCUGAGAGUAUAGUUCUAUCUAAGACUUCGUCUAAAUAUGGCUACUUAAUGGAUGGAAUGAGAGGGUUCGCAAUUUUAGAUUUGACUACCUUGCCUAAAAUACAAAUUUUAUCAAGGAUAAAACUCUCAGGAUGGACUUAAUUAGGUAUUCCAAUUAAGGAAGAUAAAUAUAUUCUUAUAGGAUCUUAGGAUAUUGGAAUGCUCACUUUGGUGGAUAUUUAAGAUAAAACAAAUCCAACUUUAAUAGCUACUUAUUUGAGAGAUAAGUAAUUUUCUGUUGCUAUUUGUACAACUUCAGAUGAAAAUUAUGUUUUUAUAACAAACUCUUAAGGAAUUAUAACAUUACCAUUGUAAAGCUAGGUCUAUAUCCACACUGAAUUUAACAUUGUUAACAUAGAUUAGCUUACAGGAAAUCAAUCUAUUUCUCAGUAUAAAAUGCAAGAAGGGCAGUCGAAUUAUGUUUUUUAAGUUGGUCAAUAGGUAUAAUUAAAUUUUGUGAUACUCUACCCUCAAAAUGAAGAUGAGCGUAUUGUUUAGGUAUUUCAGUACUUAAAUGGUUAAGUUGCUCCUUUACCAUUUUAUAUGUAAUACGAUUUGAAUUCCUAAACUCUAACAAUGAAUAUUGAUAAAUCAGCUCUUGGUAGUAUCAGAUAAGGGAUCAAUUAAAAUAUGCUAUUAAUUAAAACAGUUAUACCACUUUAAAUAACUCAAUUUUAAUAUAAUCUACAAGACAUGAAGGAUAUUGUUUCUACAGAUGAAGCAUAAGCAAAUUUAAUUCUAAAUUAUUUAGUUGAUCAAAAUUACCUUGAUUCAAAAUUAAGUAUAACAGAUUUCUUUGACUCCACCAAACCCUUUAAAUUUAGCAACGAUUUUAUUAAUAGUUUUGAGAGACUUCAAUCAAGUAGCAGUAUUUAAAAUUUAACAUUAUUCAUUGAAUAGUUAGAACAAAAAGUACUGUAAACAUUAAUACUUUCCUAUUAUAUCAAUCCUAUUGUUUACUUUGUAGAACCUUCACUUUCUCUUAACUUUACAAAUAGAAGUAAUUAUGUUUAGAGUCUAUCCACUUCUUUGUUAAGUUGUUAUUUACAGGUAGAUUAAAAAAUUGGUAAAUUUGUGACUAUGAACUACCCAGGUGUGAUCACAUCAUUUUCUUAAAGUGGAGAUUAAAUUAAAUUAGAAGGUUCUCUCUCAAAUAUAAAUGGAGUUCUCCAAAAAUAAAUUAUAUUUGCAAAUACCACUGUGAUGAUGCCUGAAAUGAAAGUGCAAUUGUAACUAAUAGAUAAUUAUAACUAUCCUUAUGUUUUAGAAGUAAACAUUUCAGAAUGCCCCUUAAUUGUGCUUAAAUAAUAAAUUUAAGUUUAGAACCCUUUAUAGUAAUAAGUAGAAAAGUAGUACACAGAUUCUAUUGUUGAUAUUUAGUCUUAAAUAACACUAAUAUUUGCAUAAAACACCUUUGUAGUUAAUGAUACUUAGCAAAUAAUUUACAAAAUAUAACUUUUAAACCCCUCCUCUAAUACUUACCAAGACUUAUCUCCAGAGUUUUGGCUUCAGUCUUAAGGCGACACAAGAUUAAGCUACUUUGGAACUAUUCCAUCAAAAGAUUUUAAUUCAAUUUUUAGAUUUAAAAUAAUUGCUAAUGAUAGUUACACAGCCAUUGAAGAUUAUUUUGUAUUAAAGGCAUAUGGAAUUCCAUUUCUUUACAUUUUUAAUUUUGUAGUUUAAAUAUUAGGUCCUAUAAUAGCCAUCUUAGGUAUUUAUAAUAAGAGAGCAAAAAUAUGGAACAUUAUAUACAAAAAUAAAACUCGUUUUGAAGAUGAAAAUGCUUAUAUUGGAUAGCAAUUUAAAAUGAAAAUAAUUUUGAUGGGAGAUAUUUUGAAAGACUCGAUCUUAAUUGUUGACAAACUCUUCAAAAAAGUCAAUCAAAAUGAAAAAAAUUAGAAUUUAAAUAAUUUAAAAUCAGAAUUUGUGCUUGAUGACUAAACCCAAACUUAGUCUUCAGAAACAGAUAGAUCAUUAAAUAAAUUAAUUUUCCAAACCAAUGUUUAAAUGAAUUCUGUUAAAAGAGUACUUAAAGUAUCUAAAUUAAUACCAAAGGCUGAUCUCGAUAAAAUGAUAAGAGUAUUAUCAUCAUUUCCGAAUCACAUACCAAGUCAAAUCAUAGAAAAAAAAUAUUUGAAAAAAUAUGGAAGUGUCUGUAUGGAAUAAGUUAUUCAAGACAUUUUAGAUUAUAAUUUAAUUUCCUUAUUUACAAAUAACCAUAAAAAAGAAGAAGAAGCUAUUAAGGAACUAAAAGAUUGGCAUUCUAGAAUACAUAAAGCAAUAAAAUCGAAUAUAUCUAGGCGUUUGUUGUAAUUAGAUAAGAGGUCUCUAAAAAUUUAUGAAACCAUUAAGGAAUGUGCAAUAAAAUAUUUCAGUAAAUAAAAAAAAUAUUGGUAUAGAGCAUUUAUAGAUUUUGACUCUUCCACUUACUACUAAGAAUCCAAAAGCUAAGAAAUAUUUUCUAACUUAAACAUUAAAGUAGAAGAAUUAAUUGAUUUGUUUGUAAUUCUUAAAAUUCUUCCUCCAUCUGCACAUAAAGAAGUAAAGGAUUUUGAUUCACUUGUUUUAUCUCUUAUUAAAUAUAAAACAGGAGUAAAUAUGUAUUUAAUAAAAGAUUGCUUAUUUUCAGAUGCUUAUGGUCUAACUUCUAAACUUCCUAGUAUAUUUUAUUUGGCAUAAGGUGAGUCAAUUCAUGCAUUAGCAUUAAAUUAAAUAAAUUUAGGCAUUCAAAAAACAAAAUGCUCCAAGCUUAUUUAAUAAAUUUUGUUCUCUAUUUAACUUGGAAUAUAAGAUUUAUGGAGUCGGUAAAAAUAUUCGUCUUCCUACUUGGAUUAACCUUGA